CGCUUGCACAGGUAUGACCUUGUUGCCUUCCGAUACAUGACUUAGGAUAUCCUGACUCUGACUGCGCUGCAUUUUUUUUGCUCGGCAAGAGGAAUAAAACUUUCUCGUUGCGCUCGUUGGGGAUCUGUUCCUUGCGGUCACUGACACGGUUCUGGUGAACACUUCAACUGAGAACGGGAAUUGAAAAUGAAGCUCGAAGUAUUCUGCGGGGGACAUUACGAAGGGAAACCCCUUGAAGUGUGCAGCGAUGCUGAGGGAAGUGUUCCCUCACCCUUAUCAGGGGAGGAGGAGCUGGGCUCGGAUGGGGAUUGUGUGGCUCACAGUCCGGCACCUGCUAUGUCGUGCGUCGAGGGGAAAGGCAAGCCGUACACCCGAAGACCCAAACCACCAUAUUCUUACAUCGCACUGAUUGCCAUGGCCAUCCGAGAGUCGAGCUCCGGUAGACUCACUUUGGCAGAGAUCAACGACUACCUCAUGAAGAAGUUCCCGUUUUUCAGGGGUAGCUACACUGGAUGGAGGAAUUCCGUUCGUCACAAUCUGUCCCUGAAUGAUUGCUUCUUAAAAGUAUUGCGGGACCCCUCGAGGCCCUGGGGUAAGGACAAUUACUGGAUGUUGAACCCACACAGUGAGUACACAUUUGCAGAUGGAGUGUUCCGACGCAGGAGAAAGCGCAUCAACAAAAAAUCUGGUAAGGAGCAAGAGGGUUUGAACCAAAGCGUUGGCGAAACCCUUAAUUCAACGAUCCCUGCAACCAGCUCAAACACAAAAUUCUCCAGUUCAUUUGCCAUAGACAGUAUCCUCAGUAAACCUUUCAGGAGAGAGGAACAUUGCCCGCAGGAAAUGGAUGAGCAGUCAAUCCCGGCUGGACUGAAAUGGUCCGGACGAGUUCACAUGAUGCCUUACGUCAUGAGGAGUCCACCUGUUGCGCUACCUCCUGCCCCCUCUUUCUUGGUCGACUCUAGCGCAGCACAGGUGCUGCGAGCGUACAGCGGAGUCUACGAGAACGCGGGCGUGAGCGCACAUCAUCACAAAGACUUGCCCCCUGCUUUCCACUUGACAGCAGAGUACUUGCCGAUGUCCCAAGCAGCCCGCGUUGUUCAACUGCCGGCAACGUCGAAAGCGGACCUUUAUCACCCGUUCAAAAUUGACUACUUACUGUCAUAACGUAAAAUACUGCUCUUUAAGAGCGGGAGGUGUUAUCACUGUCAAUGCACUAAACGAGUAGAUUUGUACAAGAAAAUAGUCUACAUUUCAUUAUUUUUUUUAUUUGACGGCAGUUUUGGGCAUAUAGGGCCUAGGCUGAUAUCUUUGUCUGAUAGGCUACGGCACAUCUUUAAUAUAUGUAUUACACGUCAGAUAAGGUUUACGCACAGUAGGCAAUGCUGAUUUGUCAAAAUAGUGCCAUAGACUGUAUAUGAACUAUCUGUUAGGAAUAAUUUAUUUGGACGUGCCUUAGCGAACCACAGGUCAAGUUGGAUCUGCAGCUCCAUGUUGGCUACAAUGUGUAAAAUAUCCUGUUCAUAAUCAUUUAUUAAAGGCUGUUGAUCUAUUUUUGACAUGACGUUACGAAGAUCCUGAUGGGAAAGUGUUGAAAAUGAAAUUUGUUGAUUUUACUCUCGGUCAAGUUUAUUCGUAUAAACUGGAAAAAUAUGUGUACAUAGGCUAUCUAAAUGCAUUUUAUACUGAAACAUGCAUUCUAAACGACAAAUGUCUUAAUGUUAUUAUUAAAAUGAUGGAAUGGUAUCACUGGGUCUCUGUCCUCAUUCA